UCGCUCUCUCUCUCCCCCCUCUCCCCGCCCGCCCCACCCCUUCUCAGGUUCUCUCCUCCUGCAGCAGCAUUCAAAUCGAAUGGCGUCUUCUCUACUUCGAUCCCUAAUCAAAUCCUCCGCCGCUGCCGUCUCUAUCGCCCGUACACGCAGCUUCAGCGGCGUUUCCACCCAAAUCAACCGGACCUCUCUCAUCAGCGAGCACACCGCCAAAUGGAUGCAGGAUACUAGCAAAAAAUCUCCAAUGGAGUUGAUCAAUGAAGUUCCUCCAAUUAAGGUUGAAGGGAGGAUUGUUGCUUGUGAAGGGGAUAGCAACCCCGCGCUUGGACACCCAAUUGAGUUCAUCUGCCUUGACCUAGAGGAGCCUGCUGUGUGCAAGUAUUGCGGUCUGCGCUAUGUUCAAGAGCAUCAUCACUAGGUCUUGAAGUUUCUUGGUGCCGUCAACUGCUGUGACUGAGUACUGGCUGAUGCUGGGAUUCCAUUCCUUUGGUUUUGGUUCCUGGAUAGUGCAAAUUUCUUUUAUCUAAUCUUCUUGUCCUCAAAGCUUGUCUCUAUAUAUUUGAUGUGCUGACCUUCCUCUAUUCGAGACAAUAAGAGCUUUAUCUAGCAGGCAGAUUCAUGAAACUUGUGGUUGUUGAAACUGCUCGUGUUCAAUUUGGUCAUCA